AUGUCGCUCCUCUCUGCACAUUUCGAGCAGAUAGCUAUAUCGUGUCAAGGCAUCGACAGUCUACCCUUCCCUCCGCCAAAGAUCUUCACCAACGCACUGCUAUCAAACCACGACAUCACGUCGCUGAUCCGCGACACCGAAGCCCACGAGCGCGCCCUCUUCUCCGUCCCCCCGCCACCUCCGCCCACCAUCGCCCAGCCCCAAGAACCAGCAGCCAAGCCGACAUCCCGUCGCCAGACCGUCUUCAACGUCACGUCGGGCGAGGUCACCACAUCCGGCAGUAACACAGGCCGCAGCACGGGAGCGCCCAGACGGCACACGGCCGUGGCCGCCGUUCUCGGCGGGGACCUGCGCGACCAGAUCCGCCGCAGCGAGCGCCACGGCAAGGACGACGUCGACGUCGAGAUACUGCUGAAGGGCGCCGAGAGGCUUAGCGGCGUCUACCCCUUGCCCGGCGCGCUGGAGCGGAUACCGGCGCAGCGCGCAAAGUACGCGCACAGCCGGAGCACACUCGCCUACUAUGAAUCAAAAGUCGAGGAGCAGGCCGAGACGCUGCGGCGGAUGAACAAGGACCAUUGGAUGGACGACGAUGAUGACGACGAUGAGGAUGCUGACGAAGGGGCCGAGGACGCGGAGGAGAUCUUCACGGAAGAGGAUUUGAGGAGGGAGGAGGAAGAGGUCCGGGAGCUGGAUAAGAAGAAGAAGGAGCUGCAGGAGAGAUUGCGCGCCAUGGAUAAAGACCUUGGUGGUUUGCUGAAUAUGUGA